AUGGAUCGACCCAAGCCGGAUAAUGGAGUCAAGGCACAGGUCAAGGGCCAGCUCAGACUACUCCGUAUCGUCCUUCCGAGAAUACCAUUUGUGCUCCGGGUGGUGCUAUUACACAUCCUGAAGGUUUCGGAGCCAUCAAAGUACCUCGAUCUGCGAAGCAAUGUAACAGUCUCUUUUCUGAGGAAUCUCUUGGGCAACUCAUCCCCUUCGCCCAUCGCCAAAACCCAGGCUCUUACGUUGAAGGAUCCCGGUGUCAAGGGCAGGAUAUGGAUCAGCACAGUAGCGUCGCAAGUACCGCCGGAACAGAGCAUCAGGGAUGCACUGCUAGCCGUCAUAAAGUCGAUGAAAGCGGAUCUGGUGCCGGGCGACAAGGAGUGCAGGAUACCCGAAAUCGUCCCCGUCGAGGCCGAGUGGACUGGGUACCGCGCGGCUGCGAAUCCCAACUCUGCACUGCCGGAGAUUUCAGAGGAGGAGAAAUAUAGGGAGAUGAUGAAGGAGUGCAAGAGCGCGGUCACCGUCUUGUACUUCCAUGGCGGCGCGUAUUACCUCUGCGAUCCGAGCACGCAUCGCGACUCGACGAAGAAGUUGGCCAAGUUGACCAAGGGCCGAGUGUAUUCGGUUCGAUACCGAUUGGCGCCGCAGAAUCCCUUUCCCUCGGCUGCCCUCGAUGCCUUGGUCUCGUAUUUCACCCUACUAUACCCUCCGCCAGGAUCGAUCCAUGAGGCUGUUCCCCCAACCAACAUUGUCUUUGGUGGUGACAGUGCCGGCGGCCAUCUCAGCCUUUGCCUUCUGCAAACUAUUCUCGAACUACGGAGACAGAACCUCAAGAUCACAUGGUUUGGUGAAGAGAGAGAAGUGCCUUUACCGGCAGGAGUAUCGCUUAAUUCGCCCUGGCUGGAUAUGGUACAAAGCCUGCCUUCAUGGAUGAAGAAUCUUAAGUGGGAUUACCUGCCGCCGCCAAACCUACUGGCAGAGAACAAUAUUCCUCCCGACAGCGUAUGGCCUGCCUCGCCGCCUCGAAAGCACCUGUUUGUCGACGACGCAUUUCUCUUGCAUCCACUCGUCAGCCUACAGCUGGCCUCGUCCUGGGAAGGGUCGCCUCCCGUGUACAUCUGCACGGGCUGGGAAUGUCUCGCGGACGAAGACAAGUACGUGGCAGCACAGUUCGCCAAGCAUGGGGUCCCGGUGGUGUUCGAGGAGUACGAGGCAAUGCCACACGUUUUCGCCCCCAUUCUGGGCAAAAUUCCCGAAGCAAAACGGUGCUACGAUGGCUGGGCCAGCUUCAUCACCAGAGCUGUCGAGAACCCCAAGAGCAUCGAGUCCAGCUAUACGACCAUCAAGGCAAAGACGUGCGAGGAAUUGCCUCUGGAUGUCGAGAAACUAAGUCCCUAUACCCAUGAAGACCUCCGAAAGCUGGCGUUUGAUAAGAUUGGCCGGAAGUCCACUAUGCCCGAGGUUCCGGCAAAACUAUAG